GCCGACACUGUUUUUUAGAGGCAAUGAGCUUUUUGGACAGGUGUCCUGCGAAGCUCGAACCCGUUUUGAACCGCAUUCGCUGGCGCGCAGAGCUCGUUCGUGUCGCAGCCUCGUCCGUCUGCCUCUUCCGCCCGCACUUCUCCAUCGCUCUCGAGUGCGCAACCAAGCGUCUGUUACUCCUUUUUGCCAUGGCCUCGAGAAGACGGAGCUUGAUCAAGGUCAUUGUUCUAGGGGACAGCGGAGUGGGGAAGACCUCGCUGAUGAAUCAAUAUGUACAGAAGAGGUUCAUCCAACAGUAUAAAGCUACUAUAGGCGCUGACUUUGUUACCAAAGAGGUUCAGGUUGACGACAGGCUUGUAACUUUGCAGAUAUGGGAUACAGCGGGCCAGGAAAGAUUUCAAAGUCUUGGCGUUGCAUUCUAUAGGGGAGCUGAUUGUUGUAUUUUGGUUUAUGAUAUCAAUGUUUUAAGGUCAUUUGACAAUCUCGACAACUGGCAUGAUGACUUUCUCAAACAGGCUAGCCUUACAAAACCUGAUAAAUUUCCAUUUAUACUUCUUGGAAACAAGGUUGACGUUGAUGGUGGGAACAGCAGGGUGGUUUCAGAGAAGAAAGCUAGAGAAUGGUGUGCUUCCAAGGGAAACAUACCAUACUUCGAAACAUCUGCAAAAGAAGAUUACAAUGUUGAAGCUGCAUUCCUUUCUGUUGCUAAGCUUGCUCUAGAGAAAGACCAUGAUCAUGAUAUAUACUUCCAGACCAUCCCAGAGCCUGUUUCACUACAGGAGCCAGGAAGAGGAUGCGCCUGUUAGGAUGCUGCUUUUAUUGUCAAGCGUCGCUAUCCAAUUGAGUUAUAAUUUCUUAUAUGAUUUUUUCUUUUUUCUUCGUUACUGGAUGCUGGAUGGAGGGCAGCUGCUGGCUCAUUCCUGACAGAUUCUAUCUGAUUAUUUGGCAGGUUUGGCAGGUUUGGCAGGUCAAAUAAUGAUUGUUGUUUUUAUUAUGAUAAUGAGCCUCUUUGUAAUGCAGAAAUAAUUGAGCACUCGUUAACAUCUUAAAGUUCCUGUGUUAUUGAAUUUUAUUGUGCUUGUUGUAUCCAGUCCUAUAUUGAGUGUCAUGGUGAUAAAUAUUGCAAAUCUAGCCACCGACCAUAUUAUGUUUCCUGUCGUGCUUUCU